UUUAGCUGGCAGGACAUUCUUCUUUCUCCCUUCUUUGCUGAAAACUACUCUUUCUGCUCCCCCCCCUUCUUAUUUUUCUUAAUCAAUCUCUCUCUCUCUCUCUCUCUCUCUCUCUCUCCCUCUCUCUCUCUCUCUCUCUCUCUCUCUCUCUCUCUCUCUCUCUCUCACACACACACACACACACACACACACACACACACACACACACACUUCACUGGCCAUACUGCCAAAAAAGUCCAUCCUCCGCCCUCCCCUGCUAACUUCCUUUCAGCAUUUCCUGAACUGGAUAAUCCCAGAAUUUGUAAAAGCAGAGGAAAGGGGAGAGUGAGAGAGACUGCAUUAAGGAAGGAAGCCAAUUCCUUGUUCUCCUAAUACUGUCCGAUAACCCUAAAACAGAGUAAGGGGUUUAAAAUGUAGAGCCUACAUAGAAUUGUAGCGCUUCAUCAGUUUUGUAUUUUUCUCUUUUUCCCUUUGCUCCCUUUUUUACAAGUUCAUUGGGAAAAAUGAAUUUGGAGUCUCUGGUUUUUUUUUUAUGAAAGACCCAGCUUGAUUUAAUUUGAAGGCCAGCUUCAUUUGAUUUGUUGGGAUGCAUCAGCAAGGAAGAACCUCAGCCAAAAUCUGAACUCUGUUGCCAGUUGUGCUGGAGACACUGGUUUCUUAACUCCCUCAUAGAGAACCAUCCUGAACUUGGGCUACAAACUAUAUGCUGCUUCCUGCUGGAGAUCUCCAUAUGUACUGAUUGUUCCCUUCUACAACAGCCUUAGUUGUAACAGCUUAACAUCUGGUGGAGAUUAAUGUUGAGGCAUCCGGCUGAAAGUUCUUCUGGGCUUUCAAUGUUGCUGACCAGAAACGGGACACAAACAACACAAAUCUAAGAAUAAGAGGAGAGAGCUUUUAACUUAUUUGGUGUAAAAAGGGGGGUGGGGGGAAGGAAGGAGGGGGUAAUCCUCUUUUUUGGAACUAACUCAUGAAGAACAAGGCAGGAAAGCUGAAACUCAAGAGGAAAGGAGCCACGAACGUCUUUGGCUGCGAGCUGAGUGAAUAUCUGGAGAGCUCUGGACAAGAUGUUCCUAUAGUACUGAAGAGCUGCGCAGAGUUCAUUGAGACUCAUGGAAUUGUGGACGGAAUCUAUCGGCUUUCUGGUGUGACAUCCAACAUUCAGAAACUGAGACAAGAGUUUGGCUCAGAUCAAUGCCCAGACCUGACUAGGGAAAUUUACUUACAAGAUAUUCACUGUGUUGGAUCACUUUGCAAGUUAUACUUCAGGGAACUGCCAAAUCCUCUUCUCACAUAUGAACUUUACAAGAAAUUCACGGAAGCAGUCUCAUGCGUCUCUGAGAAAGAGCAGUUGGCCCAGAUUCAAAAUGUUAUCCAGGAACUUCCACCCUCACAUUAUAGGACCUUGGAAUACUUAAGCAAGCACCUGGCACUUCUGGCAUCCUUCAGUGGCAUGACCAACAUGCACACCAGAAACCUGGCUUUAGUGUGGGCACCCAAUCUCCUUAGAUCAAAGGAGAUUGAGGCGGAGGGCUGCAAUGGAGAUGCAGCUUUCUUGGAAGUGCGAGUCCAACAGUUGGUGAUAGAGUUCAUAUUGAACCAUGUGGAUGAGAUCUUCAGUGACAACGUUUGUGUCAGGCCAAAGGAUAAUGAAGAUAAUGAAGAGAAUAAACCUGUGAUGAAGAGCCUAACUUUACCUUCCACUUCUCUGCCAAUGAAGCUGGUGAGCUUGGAAGAAGCUCAGGCCCGAAGCCUCUCAGCCUGUCACCCUGCCCGCAAAGAGCGAAGAGAGAACAGUUUGCCAGAAAUUGUUCCAGCCACAGGCUCCUUUUUCCAUACCGUCCUUGAUCUGCCAGAUAGCAAGAGAAAAUUAUCCACAAAGCCCAAGAAAUGGAAGUCUAUUUUUAAUCUCGGCCGGUCAGGAUCAGAAGCUAAAACUAAACUGAGCCGCAAUGGAAGUGUGUUUGUUCGAGGACAAAAAAUCUCGGAGAAAGCAACCAUUCGACCAGCUAAAAGCAUGGACUCACUUUGUUCACUUCCAGUAGAAGGAGAGGAUGAAAAAGGUCAUUUCAAGCGCACAAUCACGACGGGAGGGUUUUUUGUUCCAAUGAUGAAACAACGACUGGGGGGACCUAGCAGCUCAUUUGACCUCAACAAACAAGACACAGAGUGGGAUCUCAAAGGUGCCAUGAAAGGAGCAGAGGGAGGAGCAGAGGACAAUGCAGAGAAUCAUAUUCCACGGCCAACCCAAAUGAAACCACUUCCUGAGCAACUGAAGGUAUUCCGCGCCACUGAAGACCCUGAGAAUGAGCAAACUUCCCCAAAGAUGUGCCGUAUGUUCUUUACUUCAAAUGAUGGGACAUCCAAUUUGGGAUUCCAUGGGACUCUAUUCCCCCUGGAAGCCUCUCCCCGUCACCAACAUAAAGCCUUGAAUAUCUCAGAGCCCUUUGCUGUCUCAGUUCCCCUUCGAGUAUCUGCAGUCAUCAGUAUCAACAGUACACCUUGUCGGAUGCCUGUCAGAGACAAAGCAGCUUUCUCUGGCCUUCAAGAAUCUUCUUUUCUGGGAAAAGAAAGUGCUAUCUCUUCAGUCCCUGAAGGUGACAACCAUGACCAAUUAGAGCAUGUCACAGUCAAGGAAGAAAAGAAGCCUGAGUCCAAAUCCAUAACAGAUUCUACAACUGAGAAAAUAGCCAUUGUUAAGAAGCUGGGGUCUGUAAGUAUUCCUCAAGUAACAGUCAAUGCCCAGGAUACAAAGAGUGAAGGCGACAACUGCAGCCAGCUUUUAAAAGAUAAGCUCCCCCUGGAACAGAACCCACUGGUUAUGAUCCUUGCAAGCCAGCAGCAGACAGAGAAAGCAAGUCAAGACCAGUUUGGAAUUAAGGACAUGUCAGAGCAAAUUUCCUGGCCACCGGAGCUAUCAACAGAUGAAACAGAAGAUAAAUCACAUCUAAAGGAAUUGGUGGUUGAUGAUCAUUCCAACAUUGUGAUGAAACCACUGUGGCCAGAUAUUCAACAAGAGCUGAAAAUUGUUGAGUCUGAGGAGGAGUUUUUGUGUACUGGAAGUGAUCUAAAGACAGACGAGCAACAACAACAACGGGAGUUUAAACCAAGUCUUACCUCUGUUGCAUCUUCAGAAGCAAAGAGUUUUGUGUGUAGUUCUCUUCUGCUACCAACUCCCUCCAAAGAGGAAAACCUAAUUGGAGGUCCAUUGCCUAUAUCUGACAUUCUUUCCAAAGAAUCACAAGAGGUACAACUUUGCAACUCUGAGCCAUUCAGAAAGCAGAGUAGUAUUCCCUUCACCUCAGUGAAGCUGCAAAAUAUUCCAUGCUCAAAAAAUUGCCCACAAGAUGAUAACACAAAAAAUGAUCUCCCAUCUCAAUCCUCAGAUUGGAAGUUUCCAUCAGAACUAAAAGAAAACACAGCUUUUUCAACAGACAAGUCAUCAUAUUCCAAAGAAAAUAAUUUAGAUCAGCUAGAAUGUGAAAGUAAGGAUUGGCUUAUUCAAAGAGAGAAAAAAGUUGAAACAGCAACCCAGUUCAAAAAAAGCAGUGACACACAUUCAGAGAGAGAUCUAGCCAAUUCAAAGAUUCAAUGUAGAGCUGAAGUCCCAUGGGUCAAAAAGGGCAGAAUGAAUGAUCAAAACUCUGCUAAUCAACAGGAGGAAGAUACAUGGAGUGACCAUGUCCAUGGUUUAGAAUUGCUAGAGCCAUGGGAAGAUCAUCAGUGGGUCACCAGUCCCCUUCAUUCUCCUACCUUGAAAGAAACUCAAGGGAAGGCACUUCAGGAGUUUCAGCCACAGAACCAAGGAAUGGCCCAAAGCCAUUUCAAGAAACCAUGUUUCAGUCGUAGCUUUUCUUUAGAUAGUAAAGAUUUUUUGAAAGCUCAUUGGGCUAUAGAAAUACCUUUAACUAAUGCACACGAGGAACAGCUUUGUGGUGACCUAGAACAAGGAAUGAAGGAAUAUUCACCAGGACUGUGGAAAGAAAGUUUUCAGAAAGCUGAAGCCUGGCUGAAUUGUUUAAAGGAAACUUCAAACUCACAUGAAACAAACACAAAAUAUCUAAGUCAUAAAGCAGGCUUUGCAGCCACAGAGUUGCCUUCUAGUCUUGAAGGAUUGCCUAGUGUUGCCUGCAAAGCAUUGGUUAAGAAGGAAGUGCCUAAAGAUGACAAAAAUCAAGAAAACAUGAAGCUAGAUUUGCCUUUGUCACAAUUCAAUACUGAGGUCAAUUUAUUAAAUUCAAACUGCACAGGAAAGCAGGCAACUAAUAUUCAACGGAAUGACAGACCGGGAGUUCCUGUUAUGAAAGGACCAUGUUGUACUAAAGAGCUGCAGAUCAAUAAAGGUGAAGACAUUCCAUGUAAAGGAAAGCCAAGGCCCUCUUCUCUCAACCUGGAUUCUGUCCUUCCACUCGCCAGCCAUUUUAAUUUUGACAACUUGUCUUUCCCCUCUUCACCCAGGCACUUUCUCUGCGGGCAGAAAGAUGCUAAGUCUAGUGAUUCUGCACCAUCCCUUCCUGUUGCUUGUCCAAGUGAAAAUAAAACUGACCUUUGGGGGUCACACUUUGAUCCUCAAGACUUAGACUUGGAAUACAUAAUGAUGGCUCACGCUACCACUGGUCGUCGUAAUUCUGCCCCUGUAAGUGUUUCAGCAGUAAGAACAUCUUUCAUGGUUAAGAUGUGUCAGGCUCGAGCUGUCCCAGUAAUUCCACCAAAGAUUCAAUAUACCCAAGUUCCCCAGCCUUUGCAGGCACAAAACCCCAACUGCAGAAUCCCAGUGGCAUCAGAGAAUAAACAAACAGAAGUCAAGAAAAGUCUAAUCAAGCCCAUUCAAAAUGCUCAGGGUCAGCUGCAACUCCCAAAGAGUCCACCACUUGAUGGGAUGAUGGGAAAAGAAAACAACAGUACACUCAUUUUGGAUUCAGCUGCAACUAGAAAAGCCGAACCACCUUUUCCCAAUCAUAAUACUACUCAGGAUGCACCAGUUCUUCGGCGAAAGAGAACCUCUGAAGGAGAAACUACUGGAGAUACUCCACAGUCCUCAAAAAUGGAGAGGCCAUCUGGGGUUUCGAAGCCUUCUUACAGAUCUAGACCAGGAAGACCUCAGAGCCUUAUUCUAUUUAGUCCUCCCUUUCCUAUCAUGGACCAUCCCUCUUCUGCAGACUCUAGAGUAUUGUUAUCUCCCAUAAGAAGCCCUACACAGACCCCUUCUCCAAGUCCAAUUUUGAAUGAUUUAUUAGGGGCAGCCCCAGAGGGUGUCACUCUUCGUAACAAGAUGACUAUUCCAAAGAAUGGCCAAAGACUAGAGACAUCUACAAGUUGCUUUUACCAACCACAGAGGAGGUCUGUAAUUCUGGAUGGAAGAAGCGGGCGUCAGAUAGAAUAAUGUCUUUCAAUUUCUCUUCCCUGGUGGAUGAGAUAUACUGGUAACACUGAGAACUAUGAAUAUGAUGGUAUUAUUGCUAAAUGCUUAUUACUAAAACAGUAAUUGUUGAUUUCAACAAUCCUUAAUUUUAUAUUUUGUCACAUUUAAUAGAUGAAAUUAUCCCAUAGGUGAAAGCAACAUUUUACUGCAAGGAAAGGCAGAGGUAAAAGUUGUCUAGAAAUGUAUUCCUUUAUAAGACACUCUCAUGCUUCUGCUUCCCACCAACAGACACGAAUCAUCUCAGCUAAUGUUCCUUUCCAUGAUCUUGCUUAUUGCCUUCCUAUAAUGUUGAAAUGCUAAGUAUUGGGGAUUCCAGUCCUGGUAUGUAUUAAGAACAGCAGACCUGCUCCAUGCAUCUAUAUUCAGACCUACAAGGAGCAUUGUCAAAAGAAUAAUGUGCACGCUGGGCACUCAAAUAAGUGGUGAGAGAGGAAUGCUGAUGUGUUUGAGUGAAACCUAUUUUGAUAAGCUAUUAUUAUUAAAAACACCAAUUAUAUCUUACACUUCUCUAAAUGGUUGAUGGACUUUAAUACUGAUUAUAGAAGAUUGUACAAAUAGUCAUACAGUAUGAAAUAUCUGCUCUGUCAAUGAUUAGAAGAUUUAGUGAUGUAAUAGAAGGGAUUGAACCCACUCCGGAUUAUUUUCAUCCUCCUCCAAAAGCACUAAUUUGCUAUCUCUGUAGCGGUGUCACUUUUGGUAGCUGCUAAAUGGAGCGAUAGGGCAGUCAUAAUAAACUUCAAUCCAUUUAUCAGAACAUUAUAGUGUACUGAUGUUUAUUGAAGACAUUAUAAUAUGAUUUUCUCUACACCAGCCCCAGUGUGGCUGCUUUGCAAAUGAGAUUGAAUUUAAGUUGCUACCCAACUUGCAUCAAUAAUUGGCACAAAGUAAAUUUCAAUUAGCAAAUAAAUUCCAGCCCAAAUAUCUGGUUGCAAGUUAUUAAAUCAGAAUUGGGAGUCCAAAGAUCUAUCAAGAAUGACUUACAUGUGUUAGAUUUUGUUUUCUCAUUGACUCUCAAUAUCAUAGUCCAGAACCACAUAUUCACAAAAAAACAGUUGAACUAGAGCUAGGAUAGAAAAUAUGUAGACAAGUGACUUUGUUGGGAAAAUAUGUGACAAGUAACUUUGGCAUACAUAUAAGAUAUUGAAAUGACGUAUAUUGUAAUUUCACUAAUACUUAUUUUGAUACAUGUACUUCUACCUAGAAUUCCAACUUUGAUUUUGAGAAUAAGUUGCUUCACAUAACAAAAUGAGCACCUCUUACUUUUGAAGUCUAUUAUAAAUCCCGGUUUCCUUUUUUCUACUUUUCAAUAAAAUUUAUGUAAGGCAAUUUGAAAUAAUAGCAAAAGAGGAUUGGCAGUUCUAAAACAUUGUGGUUCUCUCUUUAUAACAGAGUAAUGGGUGACACUGUCUUUAUUUGCACAUUGUUAUUAACAAAACAAACAACAAAAAACCCUGAUUUUAAUUGAAGAGAAUUUAAUUGAAGAGAAAUUCAGCUAUUUAAUUGAAAAGAAAUUCAGCUAAAGACAAUUGGAAUGGAUUUUUAAGAUUUUUAAGAUUCAUUUUGAGAAUAAAUCAGUUUCUCCAUUUUUGGAAACAUAGAAUAAGAGGUUCUGCUUUUUGCAUCCUUAGAUUUGGUCAAGGCUUGGUAUGCUGCUUAUAAGAGUUGGCAAAGAAGGGAAAGAAAAAAACAGUGUCCUCCCACCCUCCCCAUCCUAUAAUGCCCAAGGACAGAAGGAAGGACACUGUGGGCUGUCAUUUUUGGUGGAAGAAAGAAUAGGUUAAUGGAGUGAAGCAGAGUGCUGAAUUAGAAGGAAUGUUGUUAGUACAUUAUACCAUUUCUGGGAUAACAAAAAUAAUUUACUUGCUCAUUGAAUGGUAUCUAGAGAGAAAGAUAGAUUUACCUGUGGGAUGGUUUGUUCUUUUGUGUAAGUAAUGCCUAGGAUUUGCUUUAAGCAAGGUAUGUUGACUAUUUUCCUAGUGACAGAUAUAUUUUCUAAAAGUGUGCUAUAGAAAUAUAUUAAAACACAGUAUAAUUAAGACCUAAGAAGCUGUCUCUAAAUAGCAGUGCAUCUUGGACAAAGCCAGUGUUUAGAAAUUAGGCUUUGUUGCAAACUCCUCUUGUGUAGGUUUCCCACAUUUUUGAUAGAGAAAGAUCAUCAAUUGCUGUGGAGUCUGUCCUUCCUGAUCUUUUUUCCUGCAAUUGUUCUUCACAUCAACACAGGACUUUAUCAACUAUUGCUAAGCUUAUCUGAAAUAGAUCUCACUCAAAAAAAGUAAAUCUUCCAAUUAUUUCAUGGCAAUGGUCCCCGGGGUGAUGGUGGUGAAGAAUUGUUUUAUGAGAUGAGAGAUAUGAUUAAGAAGCUAGGAAAAUGCCUGUACAUCAUUUUGCAUCCUUAGCAUUGUUUUGCUUCAAUUUCUUGAUAGUUUCAAUUCUUGGGUGCAAACACACGCACACACACAAUUUCAGUUGAGAUUGGGAAAAUCAUGGGAAAAUCAUUAAAAUGGAUAGAUUCUUCUUCCAUUGUGUUCUAAAAAAAAGGCCUAAUUUUGGGUGGGAGGGUUGGAGGUGGAGGAAAAGGUGAGGGCUGCACUUGGUUUUUCAGUGGCAUGCUGAGAACAACACUCCAAAAGUUAGACCAAGGAUAAAAUAAAAUAAAAUUGAUUUCAUUUCUUUCAAAAGUGAAUUCAGGUAAUGGUUUCUUUUUACAUGUAUUAAAUAUAAAAAUGCUCCCAUGCAUUUUUUUUUAGUUUUUUCCCUUUUUCAUAAUAAUAAUUACAAUUUGUCAGCAACUUUUGAAGGGACACAUCCACUGUAGUCAAAGCAUUCAAGGUCCCUCUAUGGCUGUAAAGUCUCAAGCUGUGCAUCUUUCCUGUAUAUGAAAAAUGCUGUAUGCCAUGUUAAAUUGCUUAUAACAUUUUAACUGUAAGUCUUUAAGAUACAAGUAUACUUUUUUCAAGAUUUGUUUCUGAUAAUUUUAUUAAAAUAAAACAAAUUUAAGUUGAGGAUAAAUCCCUGUUCCUUCCUGCCCCUUCCCCUCCCUGAAGAAAUUAUGAAUCAGUUUUUCCUAUUGCUUUCAAUUUGAGAGGGGGAAGCCAAGUCCAUUAAUGUGAGCUUUGUAUGAAUGCGUUGAAUUUCAUUUAAUCACCAUGAUGAGUAUUUGUUUUCAUGGAGUGCUGCUCCUCUAUUUUAGUGCUUACAUCACGUGGAAAUUUUGCCAAGUCUCAACCAUGAGAUUAAACUGGAGUUUUUAUAAAAACA